CCAAAACUUGGCUUGAUGAAAAAGAAAAGCCCAUAGUUAACCCUCACCAGACUCAUCGUCCCAAACAAAUCACCACACUCUAACCCUAAACAACCAAUCUUCUUCUUCAUCAAUCAUUCCACCAUGUUCAGAAACCAAUACGACACCGACGUCACCACAUGGUCACCACAAGGCCGUUUAUUCCAGGUAGAAUACGCCAUGGAAGCCGUUAAGCAAGGAUCUGCAGCCAUAGGCCUCCGAUCCAACACUCACGCCGUUCUCGCCUGCGUCAACAAGGCCAACUCCGAGCUUUCCUCCCACCAGCGGAAGAUCUUCAAGGUUGAUGACCAUAUCGGUGUCGCUAUCGCCGGUUUAACCGCCGACGGUCGUGUUUUGUCGCGGUAUAUGCGAUCCGAGUGUAUUAAUUAUGGCUAUACUUAUGAAUCUCCGCUUCCUGUUGGCCGCUUAGUUGUUCAAUUGGCUGAUAAAGCUCAGGUGUGCACCCAGCGGUCAUGGAAACGUCCAUAUGGUGUGGGUCUGUUAGUUGCUGGAUUAGACGAAUCCGGGGCCCAUCUCUACUACAACUGCCCUAGUGGAAACUACUUCGAAUAUCAAGCCUUCGCCAUCGGGUCCCGUUCACAAGCUGCUAAAACGUACUUGGAACGUAAGUUUGAGAAUUUCCCACAAUCUUCCCGAGACGAGCUCAUCAAGGACGCGCUAUUUGCCAUCAGAGAGACCCUGCAAGGAGAAAAACUCACCAGCAGUGUGUGCACGGUUUCUGUGGUUGGAGUAGGAGAAGCGUUUAAUAUACUGGAUCAAGCAACUGUACAAGCAUUGAUUAACGAGUUUGAGAUUUCUGGGGAAGAAGCCCCUGCAGCUGCUGGUGGUGCAGAGGAAGCUGCUGGUGGUGCCGCUGCUGACCAGGGAGGAGCUGCUGCGGAGGAAGAGACCGCUCCGAUGGAUAUCUGAGGGCUGCAGAUGGUUCGUUGAUCGUACUUAUUGUUCUAGAAUUUUAAAUGGACAUGAUGUGUUGGAAUUGCAAAUUUUAUUUUGAGCUUUUAUUUCAAUGAUGGGAACCUUUUCAACUCUUAAUUAAGCAAGUUACAGGAAGUGUGGUAUCUACUAAUUCUUGGUUUUCGUUA